AUGGCUUUACCUCAAUGGGAACUCACUUCUGUCAAGGCUCAACUGAGGCUAACUAGCCAAAGGCUCGGACACUUGCAGGAGAAGAACGACUCGAGAGGGAGUAUCACUCGACGUGAUAUUGCGACUUUACUUCAACAAGGCAAUGUCGGCCUAGCGCGGGUCAAGGCACAAAAUUUGUUCCAGGAUGAUAUACAGGGAGAUGUUUUCGAGAUGUUGGUAAUGCAUGUCGGUGUGAUUCUGGAGCAUAUCAUGGAGUUGGAACACAAGUCUCCUAGUCCGGCCGUAAUUGAAGCUGCAUCCAGUAUCAUAUAUGCUUCUCCUCGUGUAGACUCCAGAGUUGUACGUGAGUUAUUGGUCAACCGCAUGGGCUCCGACUUUGCGCGCGCUUCCAUGGGGAACCGCGACCGAUGCGUCUCAGAUCGUAUUGUGAGAGACCUUACCGCUCCUCCCCCGAACGCUACCCAAAUCGACGCGUAUCUCUCGAAUAUCGCAACGGCGUAUGGCGUGCAAUGGCAGCCAGAUCCUCGGCGUCAGGAUAUAGUGGGUCCUCUUUCAGAAAUUUUGGACCCUCAAUCCUCACCUGUCGUCGACGUAGCUGUCCUCCGCAAGCUUUGCGCCCGGGGUAUACCAGAUGAACCUGCUACACUUCGACCUCGAAUAUGGAGAGUCCUCCUGGGAACACUUCCUGUGCUCAAAGCUUCAUGGUCGAAGGAAGCUAGUAAGCAGAGGGAGAAUUACUAUGACCUUGUUCGUCGGUUGUUAGCACCAUUUGGAGACCUUCCAGAUCCGACCACCCCAUUAUCAUCGCUCGACCUUUCUUUAGUCAAAGUCGCCAAACAACUUUCAGGCAUCCCUUCUGAUCUCUUUGGCGGCCUCCAGGAUGAACCGGAAUCCUCGAAUCUUUGCCCUCUAGAUAACUCUGCUCCGGACCGCCUGAAAAUCACUUGCUCAAAUAAUCUCAGUGCCCGUCUUCAAAUUAUUCAGAAGACACGACAUCCCGAUUCCUCGCCGUCUAUUCCUGAGAUAAGAUUGGAACCGGAUGCUCCGGAUGACGCUUCUGAAGUAUCUGCAACGGAAAACCGAAACUCUGGACCCACGGUUCUUCACCCUUCCAACGCUUUCGGUGCUCAGGCUCAUGAAAGACACGCAUCUGCGUUACUCCGUUUGUUGUAUUUACAUUCUUCGGUUAAUCCAGGAAAUCUCUCGCCUCAUAUCCCUGCACUACUUCUUCCUUUGUACUCGGUCUUGAAUCAAGAGGUCGAGCCGGAUGAUCUCGCUCACGUAGAAGCUGACACUUUUUGGUUAUUCGAAACAAUGGUUGGCGAAUUUUCUGAAUUGGAAGAUGAAGAAGGUGGGAAUAUGUGGAUGCACAAGUUCAGCGAGCGUCUAAAUUGGGCUGAUAGUGAUUUGCGCGACAAUCUGUUUUCGAAAGGUCUCGACCCUGCUUUGCCACAUUAUUCAUAUCGAUGGCUGGCCCCUCUUCUUACUCAAACAUUACCGGUUUCAUCAGUAAUCAUCGUCUGGGAUGCCCUCUUUGCCUGCCAGAUGCGUGACCGACAAAAUUUUAAGCUGGAAUUUCUUGUCGACGUAUGCACAGCAAUGCUUCUUCGUGCAAGGGCUGCUCUCCUCAGGUGCAUUCUUUUUUCCCGUCCCCAAGUUACACUCGGCAAAAGCGAGCUCAAGUCGCCCAGUUUGUGGACAGAUGAGGCGGCUGGCGUCCCUCCGCCAUCACCCUUGCGCCCUUGGGAAUUGAGUGAUGCAUUUUUACAAGGGAUGGCGCUGCUACAACAUUAUCCAAUUCAAGUAGCGGGUGGCAUCGACAGUGUUUUGCAAACGGCUUCUGAGCUUCGGCAUCGCCGUGAGGAUGAAGCUAAACUUGCUGCGAUAAAUCCUCUCACAUUUGGAGACCGCUUGCGCCUGUCAGUGUGGAAGGGAUUCACAAACCAGCAGGCCUCCCCAGAACGAUCUCCGUCUCCCUCCGAGCUAUCAGAGGACGAUCAGGAUGCCUCGGGAAAUGACACAGAAACACAGCAAUUGAUUAUUGAUUCUGGCCUAACUUCACGAUUAGCCACAACAGUGUGGAAAGGGAUUACAAACCAAACUGCCAUGGAACCUCCUCCAUCUCCUUUAAGCCCUCUCACUCCCUCUCACUCUCCCAGCCGAGACACACGCACGUCUCCCGCGAUAUUUAUCGACGAUACUUCAGAAAGCAACAUUGAGCUGGGCAGCAAUGAAUCCAAAUUAACCAGCCGAUUGGCAGCCACAAUAUGGAGAGGGAUUACAAAUCAGACGGUGAUGGAACCUCCUCCGAGUCCCCUCGCGCGUAGCAGAUCUUCGUCGCAUUCUGUUCCGCAUACACCAUCAUCCCCGUCUAUAGUCGUUACAGAAUCCGAGCCGACCGCUUCAACUUCCAAAGGCUGGCCGUCAUCUACUAGUCUCUGGAAUUACGCUGAGAAGCUCAAAGAGUCUAAUGCGGCUGCUACGUUCUCCAAAGUUAGUAGCAAUUGGCAAGCGAAAGCCCUUGCUAGUUCAUGGAGUACACGGAAAAGUGACACCACUGAAAAUCACCCAGUACACCCGCACUCGGUCGACCCUCUUCGCCACUCGGACCCACAUCAGGAUUCUUGGUUCAAGUCAACCGAAACCCGACGAAUAUCAGUUCCAGACCCUGACAGAUCAAAAGUCUACUCUCCCCCAGCUCGACCAGUGUUCUUCAAACCUCCGCGGGAUACGAUGGUGUUUCAUGGGAACGGCCCCGUUGUUGAUGUUCCUAGUAGUCCCGAAUUGUCACCGUCCUCUGAAGGGGGUCUUAUGCAGAAGACCAGGAAUCUGCAGGCCUCCCUGGCUGCAUUGACGCGUAGCUCUGAGACCACUCCUAUUGUCCCCGCCACACCGCAACCUAGACCCAAGUCAGGUCCGCGGCCUUUGCUGUUAGGCUCAACAUCUAUCAUAACACCCCGUGGCGAGCGACCCAUUUCAAGAUCAGAAAACAGUACUCCUCUCAAUGGUCCCACGCAGUGGAAUGAAGUGAUGCAAACCCGCAACAAACACCCAGUCCAUCGGGAUUCUCUAUCCUCAGUUUCUUCGUUGUCGCCCUCUGACGCACUCGCGCGAAAUAGAUCAGAGUAUGAUUCAGACAGCCCCGCGCCUGUAAGUAGGAAAGUUGCUUUGAAUCGAAAAUCUAUUUCUCCCAUGGCUCCCCACGCAAGGACCGGCUCUAUCCCCGCAGGUUCUAAUCUUCCUCCGGUACCUCAUUUCAGGACAGGGUCCACCUCACAUCUCUCGUUAUCGUCCUCUUCAGGAUCUUCUGCUGCACUAGCUAGCCCAAUCGUAGUGUCUCCUCUAAGAUCUCCAGGAUGGGGACAAGUUUAUCUGCCAGAUUCGCCGCCUGCAGCACUAGAUGGAUUACAUAUGCGCUCGCCCUCUCUGGCAAGCUCCAUACAGACCAUUAUUCCCGAAGAGCAUCCGUUGGAGAAGACACAGUCAGCUGAUGAAAUGCCCUUGGAACCACCCUUACAAUCACGAAAGCUUAUGCGCAAGAAAACCCCUCCACCUCCGGGUGAUACCUCCGACUCGUCUGUCCCAGAGAUUCCGAGAAGGAACAACCGUGUGCGCACCAAACGCAACGUUCGACCUCCAAAUCUCCGCUUGCAGCAGCAGCCACAGACGAUAGUCCCCGAACGUAUCAUUACCGCUAGUCCCAACUCGCUUGCGGUGGAGUGGCCUCACGAUGAACAAGAGCUAGCUACUACACCAAAAGCGUCUAGCUUUUCUGAUGUGAACAACUCGACUUCCCCACGAUCCGCUCGAAAGGUCCGAAAGGUAUCUGCUGAGGGUCGAAGUCCUACUCGCCAACGUAAAACGUCGGGGGAAGGACAGGAGUCUCGCCCGAGAAAGAUUUCCACCGAGGCCCGUACAAGAAAAGUGUCAGAUGUGAAAAAGUAUCGUGAUAGUGCUGCGGACAUGGGUGACGACGAGGGUUAUGAUGAACUUUUGAGUGCCUACAGUGAGAGCGAAGGCAGCUCUCGACCUAUCUUGUCAGACAACUGA